AUGGCAGCUGAUGACUGCGAGCUUUCCUAUUCACAGUUCAUAGUUGCCGAUCAUCUCUGCACGGCACCUUCACAGGACGCCAAAACUCCUACAUCGCCUACAAACAAGACCAACAAAUACUACAGCACUAUAAAGCCAAAUGAAAAGAGACGUAUACUAGCAACCAUAGUACGACUACUUCUUCACCGCGCUCCAUUUACCACGCGGAGCGAUGAGAUACGAACCAUAGUCAAGUCUUACAUACACGACCAGACCAACCAUUUGGUAGUCAACUGCUUUAUCGAGGAUGCAAAGGCGCUAAUAGGAAGGACAUUAGGUCUGACACUUUGUGAUGUGAAAACUACUGGAGGGAAACGUGAGCUGUUCCUGAAACAGUCACUGGCAUUCCGACCUCAUGAUGUCAAGAUAAACUCGGAAGGUGACCAUGAAUUGCGAGGGUUCCUUUUGCUGAUGCUACCUUGUUUAAAAACAUAUACCGAGGGCGUUUCAUUGGAUCGAUUAUGUGACGUAUUUAAACGCAUAGGCAAGGGACAUAUGAUACCCAAAACUGAAAGUGAGGCUGAUGCCCUGAUGUCGGCGCUUCGUAGCACACGCCGAAGAAAAGAUGUAAAAUACCGCGCAUCAGAUUUCAAAAACAUCGCCGACUAUCUGUUAUAUGCGAGGGAUUUGGGCUACCUAACCUUCACCCACGACCCAACCAAAGGCGAAUCCCUAGCUAUGAUGUCGGUACAUGCGGAUUUCCGAUUUAAUGUUGAAAUUAACCCGGAAGCAUAUUUGGAACAGUUUAAUACCCUUGAAAUUAACGCUACAAUGAAACGACGCCUCAACGUUUUCUUGGAAGGUUAA